AUAUCCUGAAUGUACUGUAAAGUCACUUUGGAUAAAAGCUUCUGCUAAAUGCAUAAAUGUAAUGUAAAUGUUGUCUUCAUGAUGAUUUCUGCCAUUGCAGGUAUAAAUAUAACACUGGAGGAAGGAUGCACUGGUCAGACGUGUUUGCAAAAUCUCCUCGAUCAACUAGGGAACAUUUCAUCUCAAGUGCUCUCUGUGACUACUGUAACAAACAUUUUGACCGUGGCCCUCAACGCUUCAGAGAAGAUUUUGGAGUCAUCAUCAUCAGCAAGCCGAGCUGAACUAACCUCCUAUGGAAACCUUGUGUUAAAAACCAGCGAGAAACUAAUUUCUACAUUAGUGAAGUCGACAGAGACAAGUGACAGUGUCAGUUUUACUCUUCCUGCUGUAGAGGGCCAAGUCUUCAUGGUUGGACCACAGGUCACCUUAGUUAAAAUCCCUCGACUGGACACGGCAAAUUCUUCUGUGGACAUCGAUCUCAUUGGGAUUGCCAAGAACAACACUGAAGGAUCAGCUUCUGUGGCUUUCAUGAGCUACGUCACGAUGGAGAAUCUACUGAAGCCAGACUUCUUCAACACAUCAAAUGACACGAUUAAAACCAUGAUGUCCACUGUGAUCUCAGCUACUCUUCCCAAAACCACCAACACUAAACUCACCAAACCAGUCAACUUCACAUUCAGACACAUCAGAGAGUUUGAUCCCAACAGUUUUCUGUCCUGUGUGUACUGGAAUAUCAGCGAGUGGAUUGUAGAUGGUUGUUCUGUUUUAAAGACCAACAACAGCUACACUGUGUGUUCAUGUGUUCAUCUGUCCACAUUCGCUCUCAUCAUGCAAACCAGCCGCCCACCAGAGAGUGACCCACUUCUGGAGCUGUUGAAUUUGGUGUGUGUGAUCGUGGGGCUGGUGUUCUUCACUUUAGCCCUGUUGACCUUUGCCCUUUGUCAGUGGAGCCCUGGAGUGAAUAAUGUGGCUCGAAUCAACAUCUGCAUCAGUCUUCUGCUGGCUCACCUUCUGUUCCUACUCACACAGCAGUUCCUGAGUCUCAUACAGCGUCAGCAGGUGUUGUGUGCAGUGAUCUCAGGCCUUCUGCACUUCCUCUUUCUCUCCGGCUUUGUGUGGAUGUUCAUUGAAGCUGUGCUGCUCUACAUCUGUGUGAAGAACCUAUCAAAGAUCAGCUCUAAAAAGAGGGAGGUGCUUAGCAGUGGAUUCCUGUGUGUGAUUGGAUAUGUGGUUGCUCUGGCUGUGGUGUGUGUGUCUGUUGGUCUGGUUCCUGAAGGCUACGGCAGCGAACAUUGCUGGAUUAAACUUGAUAAAGGUUUUAUCUGGAGUUUUCUGGGUCCUGUUUGUGUCAUACUCGCAUUAAACAUGAUUCUCUUCAUCAAUAUCGUCAUCACUCUAAACUCAACUCUCAAAAAACUGAAUGCUGAGGUUUCACAGAUGAAACAAACUAAGGUUAUGGUGUUUAAAACACUGGCUCAGCUCGUGAUUCUUGGUUGCCCCUGGAUUCUGGGUUUCUUCAUUAAUGAGAGUAAGGUGUUGGCGAUCCUCUUCCUGAUCUUGAACUCCCAGCAGGGAACCUUCAUCUUCCUGAUCUACUGUCUCCUCAAUAAUGAGGUCAGACAGCAGUACAGGAAGUUCUUCAGAUGUCUUUGCUGUGUCAAACAACACUGAGGAUCCCAACAUCAUUUUCAGGAAGUUAAAAUGCUGCUGAAGUGCCAUUAUUAUUGAACUUUAGUUUCAUAUCCUUUCUUUAAAUGGUAAAUAAUGUAAUCAGUCUUUUGAUGUUACAGCUGUACAAACUAUUGAUGUACAACUUCUAAACUGUUUCAUUUACUCUUUAUUAUACAUGUAAGUUUUUGUUGGUUAUGGGUGAAAAGCAUUUUUUUUUUUUUCAGACUUUACAGACUCAACAUGUUCAGUUAAAUGCUGGCAAAAAAUCAAAAUAAAAAUAAGAAUAAGAAUAAUAAUGAAAACUCCUGAAAACUAUUUAAUGUGCCCAAAGUGAAGAGAAAUAAGAUGACAUACAGUUAUUUCAGUACAGUUACAUACAGUUAAUUAAUAAAUGUAUUAAUCUUGCACACUUUUAUUUUAUUUUAUCUUUUUUGUUUGUUAAGCUCAGAAAGUUCCAAGAAAGGAAAUGACUGUUUCUUCUGUAAGGACCUAUUUUAUGUUACUUUUAAUAUUCAAAUGUCAAAAUAUAUUAUCAUCUUAGAGUGUAACAGGUUUUACAACGGAUUUACCUUUAAAGCUAAACUAUUAAAAUA